GUCAAGCCAUUUGCGUGGCUGAAUAAUUCCUUCACAUGUAGUGGAUCUAGAAUAAAGUUGCCAGCGAACGCUGUUCCGCUGGUGGUGGAGGCGGCGGAUGGAGAGAACGAAGAAUGUUACGGCAAUCAUUAUCUUCCUUCGACUCCUUUCCUCGGCGGCAGGCAUUAGGCGCGGUGAUUUUCCGCCGUCCUUCCUCUUUGGGACAGCAACUUCUUCUUACCAGAGCAUGCUAGCUAGAUUUCCGCCGAGGCAACAUGUCCUUCCUUUUCAGCUGAAAGAAAUUGAAGGUGCAUAUUCUGAAGAUAACAAAAGUUUGAGCAAUUGGGAUGUCUUCACACAUGUACCAGGAAACAUUGAGGAUGGGGGAAAUGGUGACAUUGCUGACGACCACUAUCAUCGGUUCAUGGAAGAUAUUAACUUAAUGCAAGAACUUGGGGUUAACUCCUACAGAUUUUCCAUCUCAUGGUCAAGAGUUCUUCCAAGUGAGUUUAGUGGUUCAAUUGGUCUGUCUCUUAAAGAUUUGACAUAUUACUUGGGAAUCUUUUCCUUGUUAAUAGGAGGUCAAUUUGGCGAUGUAAACACAAUGGCUAUACAAUUCUACAAUGGGCUUAUUGACGCCCUUUUGCACAAAGGAAUUCAACCAUUUGUGACAAUCAACCAUUUUGAUAUACCUCAAGAACUUGAAGAUAGAUAUGGUUCAUGGUUGAGUACACACAUACAAGAAGAUUUCGGCUACUUUGCAGAAGUAUGCUUUAGGGAAUUCGGAGAUAGAGUGAAGCUUUGGUCAACAAUCAAUGAACCAAACCUUUUUGCGAGAUUUGCUUAUCGAGAUGGAACGUUUCCACCAGGGCGUUGUUCAGAACCAUAUGGAAAUUGCCAUACUGGAGAUUCAAAAACAGAACCAUAUAGAGCCGUCCAUAAUAUGAUUUUGUCGCAUGCAGUUGCAGUUGAUAUCUAUAGGAAAAAAUAUCAGGUCAAACAAGGUGGUUCCAUUGGAAUCGUUGUCACCUCAAAAUGGUACGAGCCAUUGACAAAUUCAACAGAUGAUUGUUUAGCAACUGAACGAGCUUUAUCUUUUGAACUCCUAUGGAUUUUAGAUCCCAUACUGCUCGGUGCUUAUCCCCAGCCAAUGGUUGAAAUCCUUGGUUCUAGAUUGCCUUCCUUCACCUUGGAAGAAAAGAAACUACUGCAGAGCAAAUUGGAUUUCAUUGGAAUCAACCAUUACGCGAGCAAUUAUGUCGAGGAUUGCAUGUUCUCUUUGUGUGAUUUGGAUGGCUAUGACUUUGAUGCAUUAUUACUCAAAACUGGAUAUAGAAAUGGGAUGCUGAUAGGAGAUCCUACUGCUAUGCCGACAUUUUAUGUCGUUCCCCGUGGAAUCGAAAAUCUGGUCCUCUAUAUCAUGGAAAGAUAUAAAAACAUUCCUAUGUACAUCACAGAAAAUGGCUAUGCACAAGAAAGCAAAGGUACAUAUGAGGAAUUGCUCAAUGACACACAGAGGAUCAAAUUUAUGAGCUCCUACCUCAAGUUUUUGCACUCGGCCAUGAGGAAGGGAGCUGAUGUGAGAGGCUACUUUUGCUGGUCUCUUCUCGACAAUUUUGAGUGGGCACAUGGUUAUACUGUCAAAUUCGGGCUCUAUCAUGUCGACUUCCAGAUGCUACGAAGAACAGCAAAGCUGUCUGUUAACUGGUACAAGAAAUUUCUCAAUAGUGAAAUGCUACAAACGAAGGCCAAAACACUGGGAUUUGAGGUUUAACUGCCGUUUCCAUAUUGAAUUGUAGAUCCUCUCAUGAAAACUACAUGCAACCAAAUUCUUAUUAUUCCAUUUGUAACUUUCAUUGUUAUGUCAAAUAUCAAUAAACCAAUCCA